AUGGCGGAAGAAUCCCCAGAGCUCCAGGCCGCCCUGCGGAGUCUGGACCGGGAAUUGGAGGAGGGCGAUAUCACCGAGAAAGGAUACCAGAAGCGACGGACGGUUCUGCUGUCACAGUAUUUCGGCCCAAACAAACCUCUCGAGAUAAACCCCCACGCCCCCGCCGGUUAUGAUGCACCGUCACCGAACAGCCCUGGAAUGGCGCCGCCGGCCAUCUUGAACGUUCGCCCUCCAACCGCCGAAUCUUCCAUCCCAGGAAUAUCAUCUCCAACUUACGCGGACGACUACAGUGAUCAACACAGCGGAAGUGUCGGAUAUGACCAUGGCCCUGGUAUGGAUCACAGUCAAUCGAGGAAGCCGUCGGGUGCUUCUUUCGAAGGAGAUGGCGCGGGCAUGCUCCAAGCCAGUGCCCAUGACCGGAUGCCUUCCUCAAGUUCUUAUGACUCCUUGUUUCUUCCCAGGCCUGCAGGCCCAGGCGGCCCAGGCCCCGAUGGCUCGAGAACCGCGACAUUGAUGAGCCAGAACUACGCGUUCAACCCUAAUUCACAACAGGAGUAUGUCUCGCAACCGGAGUUUGGCCAAACCGAAUAUGCCCAGGCCGAGUAUCCUCCAGCUGAGUAUGCUCAGCCCGAAUUCAUGGACGAUGGCAUGGGAUAUUAUGACCCAGCAUCCGGAGGACCCACGCGACAGUCGACAAUGCUGGACUCCCAACAAGGUUACUUUUCCGACUUCGCGGGACAGCAGCAUGAUGAUUACAGAGAUAGCUAUGGGGGUGGGUUCCAUCGCUACUCUCAGUCUGGUGAAGCCUUCUCGCCUACGGCCAACAUGGCCCCUCCAUUGAUGCCCGCUUCCGAACUUCAGCAUGGGCCGGCGAUUGAACAUCUACUUCCCCUCGAGCCACGAGAGAUUCCUUUCGCAUUGAAUGAUCCUCACGACAAGAAUAUCCCAAUGUCCAACUUUGACAAUCUCCCCACAGUUCUGCGACAUCGCGCUCGGGCCCAUCCCAAGCAGGCAGCAUAUUGGGUUUUGGACACGAAAGGAAAGGAAUUGGCAUCGAUCACCUGGGAGAAGCUGUCUGCUCGCGCAGAGAAGGUUGCUCAGGUCAUCCGUGACAAGAGUAACCUCUACCGCGGAGACAGAGUCGCCCUCAUCUACCGCGAGGCUGAAAUUAUCGAAUUCGCAGUCGCCCUGCUCGGCUGCUUCAUUGCAGGAGUCGUUGCGGUGCCAAUUAACAGCCUAGAUGAUUACACAAGUCUCAACCUGGUUCUCACAUCCACUCAAGCACAUUUGGCUCUUACGACAGAAAACAACCUGAAGAACUUCCAGCGUGAUAUCACAGCACAGAAGCUCAGUUGGCCGAGAGGAGUCGAGUGGUGGAAGACAAACGAAUUCGGUAGUUUCCACCCAAAGAAGAAAGAUGAUACUCCCCCGCUGCAAGUCCCUGAUCUGGCCUACAUUGAGUUUGCGCGGGCUCCGACCGGUGAUCUGCGUGGUGUUGUGAUGAGCCACCGAACUAUCAUGCACCAGAUGGCUUGCUUGAGUGCAAUUAUUUCCACAGUUCCUACGGAUGCCAGUGCCAGGCAAUAUGCAACCAAGGGCGAGACGAUUAUCAGUUAUCUCGACCCAAGACAAGGCAUUGGUAUGAUUAUGGCGAUCCUUUUCACUGUCUAUGGCGGCCAUACUACGGUCUGGCACGAGGAUCGCGCUGUAGAGACACCUGGUCUCUACGCCCAUCUCAUCACCAAGUACAAGGCGACAGUCAUGGCAACUGACUACUCUGGUCUCAAGAUUGCCACCUAUAACUACCAGCAAGACCCGAUGUCCACCAGACAUUUCAAGAAGAACUCUGAGCCCAACUUCAGCAGCGUUAAAAUCUGCCUCAUUGAUACCCUCACCCUUGACCCCGAGUUCCAUGAAAUUCUGGCAGACAGAUGGCUUCAACCAAUGAGAAACCCACGAGCCCGGGAGAUCGUGGCUCCUAUGCUAUGCUUGCCGGAACACGGAGGCAUGGUUAUCAGUAUGCGCGAUUGGCUCGGCGGUGAAGAACGAAUGGGAUGCUCUCUCACCCAUGAAAUGGAUCCCGCUGGUCGUGACGACAAGAAGGAAGACGAGAGCCUCAUCAAGUCUGAAACCAAUACUCGGUUCGGAAGCAGUCUUCUGGGCGGUGGAUCACGGGUUUCCACGCCCAAGCAGACUAGCAAGAACGAACUGAGUGAGGUCCUCCUCGACAAGGAGGCCUUGAAAAGCAACGAAGUUGUUGUCUUGGCCAUGGGCGAAGAUGCAAGGAAGUACGCCAGUAGUAUGCCACACGCUGUACGUGUUGGUGCUUUCGGCUACCCAAUUCCUGAUGCAACUCUUUCCGUUGUUGAUCCUGAAACAAAUCUUCUUUGCACCCCGAAUGUCAUCGGAGAAAUUUGGGUUGACUCGCCGUCUCUCUCUGGUGGCUUUUGGGCAUUGCCUAAACACACAGAGGCCAUCUUCCACGCCCGCCCCUACAAGUUUGAAGAGGCUAAUCCAACUCCAAUUCUUGUGGAACCUGAGUUCCUGCGAACUGGUCUGCUUGGAUGUGUGAUUGAGGGCAGACUAUUUGUGCUGGGUCUCUAUGAGGACCGUCUCCGCCAGAAGGUCGAAUGGGUUGAACACGGUCAAGAGAUCGUUGAGCACAGAUAUUUCUUUGUCCAACAUCUGACCGUUAGUAUCCUGAAGAAGGUGCCGAAGAUUCAUGAUUGCACAGCGUUUGAUGUGUUUGUGAAUGAGGAACAUCUUCCGGUGAUUAUACUGGAGUCUUAUUCGGCAUCAACCGCACCAACAACCUCUGGUGGACCCCCCAGACAGCUCGACUCCGUUUUGCUUGACUCGCUGGCAGACCGAUGUAUGGAGAUCCUGUAUCAGGAGCAUCAUCUCCGAGUGUACUGUGUCCUCCUCACGGCCCCAAACACUCUCCCCCGCGUCACCAAAAAUGGCAGACAGGAGAUCGGUAACAUGCUUUGUCGCAAGGACUUUGAGUCUGGCAUGUUGCAAGCUGUGCAUGUUAAAUUUGGAGUUGAGCGAUCAGUGAUGAAUCUGCCCGUCGGUGUCGAUCCUGAGGGUGGUAUCUGGUCUCCACUCGCUCUGGCGUCGAGACAAGACAUGCUUGCUUACCAAGAAAAGCAAUACUCGGGCGUUGACUACCGUGAUGUUGUCAUGGAUGAUCGAACCUCCACGCCAUUGAACAACUUUAACACCAUUGUGGACCUCCUCCACUGGCGAGUCUCCCGCCAGGCCGAAGAGCUUUCCUACUGCUCUAUCGAUGGCCGCGGCAAAGAAGGAAAGGGUAUCACUUGGAAGAAGUUUGAUCUCAAGGUCUCCGCUGUAGCGACAUACCUCAAGAACAAGGUCAAGGUCCGGCCUGGCGAUCAUCUUGUGCUGAUGUACACCCACUCAGAGGAGUACAUCUAUGCUGUUCAUGCUUGUUUCUGCUUGGGCGCAGUUGCCAUUCCAAUGGCCCCUAUUGAUCAGAAUCGUCUCUCAGAGGACGCACCUGCCUUCCUACACAUCAUCGGCGAUUUCGGCGUCAAAGCCAUUAUCGUCAACACGGAAGUUGACCAAGUCAUGAGACAGAAGCUUGUUUCUCAGCACAUCAAGCAGUCCGCCCAAGUCCUCCGCAUUGGUGUUCCUGCCAUCUAUAAUACCACCAAGCCUUCGAAGCAGUCCCACGGUUGCCGCGAACUUGGCUAUACCGUGAAAGAUACCUGGCUCCAGGCCAACAAGCCCGCUUUGAUUUGGACUUAUUGGACUCCAGACCAACGCAGAAUCUCUGUGAAUAUCUCCCAUGAGACCAUCAUGGGUAUGUGCAAAGUUCAAAAAGAGACGUGCCAAAUGACAAGCUCAAGACCUGUCCUCGGAAGUGUGCGCAGUACUUUGGGUCUUGGAUUCCUUCAUACAUGUUUGAUGGGUAUCUUUGUUGGUGCCCCCACGUAUCUCGUUUCUCCAGUUGACUUUGCUACAAACCCCAUGACCCUCUUUGUCACACUCGCUCGGUACAAGAUCAAGGACACCUACGCCACUAGUCAGAUGUUGGAUUACGCCAUGAGUGCUAUGGCUGGAAAGGGCUUCCAAUUACAGGAGCUGAAGAACCUCAUGAUCUCCUCAGAGGGUCGUCCCAGAGUGGAUAUCUAUGGAAAGGUUCGCCUUCACUUUGCCAAUGCCAGCUUGGAUCGCACAGCAAUCAACAUGGUGUAUUCCCACGUCCUGAACCCUAUGGUCACAACGAGAUCAUACAUGUGCAUUGAACCAAUCGAGCUCUGGCUCGACUUGCGAAGCCUCCGACAAGGUCUCAUUUACCCUGUGGACCCCGAUGCCGACCCAACUGCCCUCUUGUUGCAGGAUUCGGGUAUGGUACCAGUCAACACGCAGAUCGCGAUUGUGAACCCAGAAACUUGCACCCUUGCUCAUGUUGGCGAGUACGGUGAGAUCUGGAUACAGUCCGAUGCUUGUGCCCAGGGAUUCUACAAAUCGAAGCAAGAGUUUGACUCUGAGCGGUUGAACGGUCGUGUCGCGGACGGCGAUCCUAGUGUGCCCUAUGUUCGCACUGGUGAUCUUGGUUUCCUUCAUACUGUAACUCGACCUAUCGGUCCCGGUGGUCAGCCGGUCGAGAUGCAAGUGUUGUUCCUUCUCGGUGGUAUCGGCGAGACUUUUGAGGUCAAUGGUCUCAACCACUUCCCUGUGGACAUUGAAAACUCCGUGGAGAGGUGCCAUCGCAACAUCGUGAAUGGAGGAUGUGCAAUUUUCCAAGCCGGCGGCCUUGUUGUCGUCGUCGUCGAGGUUACACGAAAGGCUUACCUGGCCUCUCUCGUGCCUGUCAUUGUUGAUGCCAUCCUCGCGGAACACCAAGUCAUCGCUGAUAUUGUCGCUUUCGUCUCUUAUGGCGACUUCCCUCGCUCGCGCUUGGGUGAAAAGCAACGUGGAAAGGUUCUCGCUUCCUGGGUUACCCGGAAGCUGCGCACCCUUGCUCAAUUCAGCAUUCGUGAUUUAGAGGGCACCGACAACCCAUUCGGAGAAGUUCCCAACCAUCGCCUGAGCAGGAUAUCGAAGCCCGGAAGCACUAUGGGUACCAGCAUCCGGCAGUCUACCAUGAACCCAGACAUGGAGCCACUCCCACAAUCUCCAGUCGGUGUGACAUUGGAGGAGACUAUCCACCCAUCGGCAAACUACCCUGCUGACGGUGCUGGAACGAUGCGACGAAUCGAGACCGCCACUGAUAACAGCGUGAAAUCAACACCUGUUCCAGAGCCUACUCCCGGCGUGCCUCACAUCAAGGAGCCGCAAUCUGCGACUAUUGUUACCGAGUUUGACGAUCACCACUACGAUACAUUGGAUCACCCCGAGGGAGCACCAGACGCCAACCGUAACUUCCGGUUCAGCUUUGAGACCCCCCUCGAGCCCCAGGGACAGGGAUACGCCGGUGCUGAACGGCCGUCUACCGGACGAGACUCCCUUCCCAGUCAACAAGGAUGGGAUUACAACAGCGGCGCACCAAUUGGCGUCGCUCAUGCUGACCCUGGCCGCCCACGCACGCAGGACAGCGGACUGAUCGACGACUGGCCCCAGGAAGCACUGAUGUACCAGUCAGCACUUGGCGCAGAAGACGGUCAUCACCCGAAUCAUGCACGAAACCCCUACGACGGAAGCGGGUACGGUGCUUAA